AUGGAAAAAGCUAAACAAUUCUUCAGUUCUAAUCAACUGGAAAAGGAAAAAGCUGCUAGUGUUAACGAAGAUUUCGAAAGUGGUUCUAAUGAUAUUGAUGAAUUAGCUCAAAAAGUUGAAGCUAUCAAAUCCCUUGAAUUCGAUCCUGUUACUUCUCAAUUACAAGAAGCUGCUUUACAUGAUGAAUAUGCUGCUAUCACUGUCGAAGAUGAUUCUCCAUACCCAGAAGUUAGAGCUGCUGUUCCAAGUACUGAUGAUCCUUCUUUACCUCAAAACACCAUCAGAAUGUGGGUCUUAGCUUUCAUUUUAUCAACUAUUGGUGCUGGUAUGAAUUUAUUAUUCUCAUUACAUUCCCCUUCAUUCACAGUUACUACUUUUGUUACUUCUAUUUUAGCUUGGCCAAUCGGUGUAGCUUGGGGUAAAUGGAUGCCAAAUGUCAAUGUUUUUGGUGCUCCUUUAAAUCCUGGUCCUUUCAAUGUUAAAGAACACACUUUAAUUGUUAUUGCUGCUAAUGUUUCUUUCGGAGGAGGUGCUGCUUAUGCUACUGAUAUCUUAUUAUCAUUAACCAGAUUCUAUGGUAAAGAUUUUGGUUGGGGUUUUGAUCUUCUUUUGAUUUUCUCAACUCAAUGUAUUGGUUUCGCUUUAGGUGGUAUCGCCAGAAGAGUCUUGGUUCAUCCACCUUCAAUGAUUUGGCCCCUGAAUUUAGUUUCAGCUACCUUUUUAACCAAUAUGCACAUUAAUGAAAACCACACCGCUAAUGGUUGGAGAAUCAGUAGAUUAGCUUUCUUCGGUAUCGUUUUCGCUGCUUCAUUCUUUUGGUAUUUCUUCCCUGGUUAUAUCUUCCCAGCUUUAUCAUAUUUUGCUUUCCCAACUUGGAUUAAACCAGAUAACGUUAUUGUCAAUCAAGUUUUCGGAGCUUCAACUGGUUUAGGUUUAAUUCCAAUCACUUUCGAUUGGAAUCAAAUUGCCGGUUAUAUUGGUUCUCCAUUGAUUCCCCCAGUUGGUACUAUUAUGACCAUUUUUGCUUCAAUUGUGGUUAUUUUCUGGAUUAUUGUUCCAGCUAUCCAUUACUCAAACAUUUGGUAUGCUCAAUACUUACCAAUUUCUUCAUCUGGUUCCUACGACAACACUGGUUUAGCUUAUAAUGUUUCAAAAAUCAUUGAUAAAAAGACUUUAACUUUCAUUCCUGAAGCCUAUAAAGAAUAUUCUCCAUUAUUCUUAUCAACCACUUUUGCCAUUUCUUAUGGUUUAUCAUUUGCUUCAAUUUUAGCCACUUUAGUUCAUACUGCAUUAUUCCACGGUAAAGAUAUUAUGAGACAACUUAAAUUACAAGAAAAGCCAGAUGUCCAUAUGAGAUUAAUGAAGCAAUAUAGAGAAAUCCCAGAUUGGUGGUAUAUUGUAGUCUUCGUUAUCUUCUUUGCUUUAUCCAUUGUGACUAUUGAAGUUUGGGAUACUGAAAUGCCAGUCUGGUGUUUAGUCAUUGCUUUAUUAAUCGCUAUCGUUUUCUUAUUACCUGUCGGUGUUAUUUAUGCUUUGACUAACAUUGCUGUUGGUUUGAAUGUUGUUACUGAGUUCAUUAUCGGUUACAUGUUACCAGGUAAACCAGUCGCUAUGAUGUUGUUCAAAACUUUCGGUUAUAUUACCAAUAACCAAGCUGUUACUUUUGCUCAAGAUAUGAAAUUGGGUCAUUAUAUGAAAUUAGCCCCAAGAUUAGUUUUCUCUGUUCAAUUUGCUGGUUGUCUUUGGGGUUGUAUUGUUCAAAUUGCUGUUUUGAGAUGGUCUUAUGGUGCUAUCGAUCAUUUGUGUGAACCUGCCCUUAUUUCAAAUGGUUAUACUUGUCCAGGUGGUAAGGUUUUCUUUAAUGCUUCAAUUAUUUGGGGGGUUAUUGGACCAGGAAGACAAUUCUCUCAUGGUCAAAUUUACUAUGGUUUAUUAUUCUUCUUCAUUGUCGGUGCUAUUACCCCAGUUAUCAAUUGGUUAGUCUUGAAAAAAUGGCCAAACUCCCCAAUCAAAUGGUUGAACUGGCCAGUCUUCUUCUCCGGUACUGGUUACAUUCCUCCAGCCACUCCUUAUAAUUAUGCUUCCUACUCCUUCGUUGGUUUGAUCUUCGGUGGUUUGAUCAAAAAACGUUUCUUCCACUGGUGGGCCAAAUAUAAUUAUUCAUUAUCAGCUGGUUUAGAUAUUGGUUUAGCUUGGUCAACUUUAAUCAUUUUCUUAACUUUGAAUUUGACUAACACCAACUUCCCUAACUGGUGGGGUACAACUGUUAUUGAUACUCCUGAUAGUAACGGUACUGCUGUCAGAAAAGUAUUAGCUGAUGGUGAAACUUUCGGUCCUACAAAAUGGUAA